UAUAUGUAGUAUAGAUGACUCAUUUUGUAAUCCAAAGAUGAGACGUAAUAACAGUGAUUCUUAUUCGUACAACACGUAACUAUUUCGUUUGAUUGACUCCUGCUUUUCUGUUGAAUUUAUAGCCAACUAAGAAGAGGAAUCGCGGUGAUUUCUAGUACUUCAUUCAAUCAACAUAAAACAUUAUUCGUGCUCGUAACUUAGUUUAGAUUAUUCUUGUAAAAGUGACACUUCUGCAAUGGUUUCUAUAUCAGCAAGAUGGAUUCAAGUCUGCUUUUCCUUAUCAUAUCUCAUGAUAUUUUGGCUGGCAUUUGGAAAUGCAAAUCAUGACAUUCAGCACCGAGAGCGCGUUGCCAUCAAGUCGGAUCUCAAUGAGCGAGAAAUAGACAAUUUGGCCAGGAGCUACGAUGUGAAAGUGGUGAAAAAGCUGAUGAAUAAUUAUUACGUGAUGGAGAAACGAACAGGCGAAAUCUCUGAUGUAUUUGAAAGACUGGCUCAAAAUGAACACGUCCGAUGGCUUCAACGAGAAGAGCACCAACCGUAUUCGAAACGUGGCUUUCCGAAGAUACCCACAGUCCCUAGAGUUCCCAACUUCAAUGAUCCCUUAUACAAGGAACAGUGGUAUUAUCAAAGUGAAGGGCAACAAGGUAUAACAGCAGGAAGUGACCACAGCAUCAUUGAUGUAUGGAAGAUGGGUUACAAUGGAACUGGGGUGAAAGUAGUGGUGAUAGACGAUGGAUUCGACCAUACUCACCCUGACCUUAAGCCCAAUUACAAUAGCAAGUACUCGAAGGAUCUCAACGAAAAUGACUCUGAUCCGUACCCUAGAAUUCCGAAAGAGGACAGGGAAUAUAAUGCACAUGGUACAAAGUGUGGAGGUCAGAUUGCUGGAAUCCCUAACAAUGGAAUCUGCGGAGUUGGUAUUGCACAUGGAGCUCAGAUUGGAGGAAUCAAAAUUCUGGACGGAUCUGUGACUGACUCGGUGGAGGCAGAGGCAUUUAGACACGAGUGUGAAGAAGUAGACAUCUACAGCAUGUCAUGGGGUCCCUCUGACGAUGGAAUGACAUUCGGAGGGUUCAUGAAGCUGUCCUACGAAGCUAUCGACUACUGCAUCAAACAUGGUCGUGGCGGCCUGGGUAGUAUCUACGUGUGGGCUUCUGGUAACGGCGGAGCAGUGGGCGACUGUUGUAGUGCAGACAGUCUAGUUUCCUCCCCCUUCACAGUCUCAAUCGGGGCUCUCACUCACGAGGGGAGGCCUGCAUACUUUCAGGAGUCAUGUCCUAGUACAUUAGCUGCAGUAUACACUGGGGGAGUGAGUAGGGACCAAAUGGCUGGACUGUUGGAAGGAGAAAAACACGAGAAAAGUUUCCCAAUGGUGACCACUUCGAUAAUGUUCAAUAAGGAGGAUCCGACUGCGAGUGAGAACUGUGACGAGUACUUCAGUGGUACUUCGGCUGCUGGACCCCUCGGAGCUGGCAUGAUAGCACUCCUGCUCCAGUCUAAUCCGAAGUUGGGAUGGAGAGAUGUACAACAUAUCAUAGUAGAGACAUGCGACCAGCCGAACCCCAAAGACGCCGACGUCUCCCGAGAUGGGGGUGCGUGGGAGUUCAACGGCGACGGAAGGACGGUGAGUCACGACUUCGGUUUCGGGGUUAUGAAUGCGGCCAAAAUGAUUCUGGCUGCCAGGAACUGGACCAUAGUGCCUAAGAGAAAACAGUGCAGUGUCGGCAUCAACGCCAAUAAUACUUGGAAAAUGAUGAGUUUGGAAGCGGACAAGGCCCUGACUUUCACCUUCGACGGGAAUAAUUGCAAGGGCAAAGUGAACUUUGUGGAGCAUGUACUAGUAGUGGCCACUUACGUGUCAUCUUACAGAGGCAGUGUGCAGAUGGAGAUCAAAAGUCCGAAGGGAUACACAAGUAUAUUGAUGAGACCCAGACCGAAGGACAAUUCGACGGAGGAACUGAAGACAUGGCCAUUUGUGUCAUUCUUGCAUUGGGGCGAGCCAACAGAUGGAAAGUGGAAGGUUAAGUUCGCUUAUGACGAGUCAUUGCGGCCGGAUCGCAUUCCAGCGGAUAAGUUCAAAGCGGAAGUGAAACACGUAGAGCUGGUGCUGUACGGGACGAAGACGAGACACGUGAACCCAAGCAAGAGCAGUCCGAAUUUGGCCAAACUGAAGAAGGAGGAGAGUCUGGAAAAGGAAGCGAUCCAGGAACAGUUCGAGUAUGACAAAAAGACCAACAGUCUUAUUGGAGAGACAAUCGACAAAGGGGCAGUGAUGAAAAGAGGUGGUGAUGCAGAUCCGGCUAAUCAUCCCUUCCAGCGAAGGGGAUACGAGGCCGAAAGAGGAGAACUUGAACGCAACCAAACUGUAGAGCUUGGUGUCCUGGCAGACUUCCAGGACCCUUAUGCGGCCAAAAUCACCAAGAGCGGAUAUCAGCCUCGACUGUCUAGAAAGCAACUGAGAACGAGCAAGAGACAUGCACACGGCAGUAAAUCACAAAAACGAACUGUUAAGUAAAUUGAGCGAUCAAUGUUGAAUGAUGGAAAGGAACCAACGCAACUAAACGAGCUUAUAAACGGAACUGAAUUGUGACACAUUUGACUCAUUUUACAUACCGACAAUCACCGAUUAAAUACGGACUCAACUUUUGUCUUUUUAGAUAGCCUGGCUUUGCUUUCGAACGGGCGAUGGAUUUUUGCUGCAAUUUUAGCGCUACAAUUGUGCCAAGAAAUAAAUUUCUAUGCUAAAUAAGGUUGCUGUGCUAAAUGAUCAAGCUAAUUAAAUGGUACGGGGUUUGUGAAAAAUCAUGAAUUUGCUGUAAAUUCAAUGCAGUUUUAGUUAUCACACUAUUAGUUGUGGGUUAGUUUAAAAAGUGGCUAUAUUCUUAACUUGUACAUAUUCAGUUAGGUAACAUCAUCAAAUUGAAUGUAAAUAAAUAGUUAAUACAAAGAACUUUUAAUUUGGAUUUUUGAAUCAGAUACUUCGAAAUUUAACUUUGGACUUUCAACGAUGUGUGAUCUUUUUCUGUGAAGUUUUAUCAUGGUUCCCAUUGGAAAUGUUGAGGCAGCAAAGUAUAUUCGAAGCUGAUAGGUGUUCUAUGCUAAUUUAAUUGCACACUUGUGCCUUUAGCGGGUGCUAUUA